CUCUUCAGUGUGGCGUGGUCCCCCAUCCCACUCCCACUCCUCCCUCCUCUUCCUCUCACGCAACGCUGCAGCUAAAUCAGUCACUUCUUCCACUGUCAUUAUUUUUAUUAUUGUUGUUGUUUCAAUCAGUCCACAUCUUGGCUGGAGUCUGGAAGCUCAAUCUUUUUUCUUUUUUUUUUUUUUACCGCAGUGAUGUGCUGGGGGUGUGUGGCAUGGGAAGGAUGUGUGGGGGGAGCGUGGUGGUGGUGACCUUCUGGAACAGACGGGGGCGGGGAGGGGGGGUGUUUGCUGGUAGGUGUCUUUUUGUGAAUGGAGCUCUAUUGUGUCAUUUUUAGGAUUGUUGAGCUAAAAUUAGCUGCAUAAAAAAAAAUUCCCAGACUGUAUCAUCAUCACAAGCAGAUGAGAUGAUGAUGAUGACGAGGAGGAGGAAGGCAUUCUAGAAGAUGCACACGCGCAACGGUGAAUAGGGGAGCAGAUCGAGCAGCGCGCCAUGCCCCAGGACGUCAUGCACCAUUUUUAGAGAGGCUCUAAAAAUAGAAUGUGUUGAAAAGGGUUUGGACUGGGAGCAGCGUGAGCAUUUGGCUCGGAAUGUGGCACCUUUUAGGUAGGGACAUGUCGGAUUGAAGAUCACAGCCUCCGUUGGCAUGUUUGGUGUUUAUUUCGGUCUCAUUUGAAUUAGCGUGCUAGAAUGCUGCCGUGCAGGCUAAGAUGGAAGAAAGGAUCAGUGUGUUAAGUAUAAGGGAGAAUGCGCCACUCUCGUUCUGUGGUGCUCACUUUUCAUGAAUGGCCAUGAUCCUCUCGCUGGCCGCGGCGGCAGCCGUGAGCGGCGGUGGCAGCCUCAACUCCUCGUCCCCCCUGGACCUUGUCAGCUCAUCCACCUCCUGGGGUCUUUCUGAGGAGCUGUCCAACGCGUCCUCCGAGCCGGCGGUGCGGAUGACCCCAGACCUCCUGCCGGCAACCACCACUGUGGCUGUCCAGGAAGUGAGCCCAUGGGACAUUGCACUGUGCGUAACAGGAACGCUCAUUUCGUGCGAGAACGCACUGGUCAUCGCCGUGCUCUUCUACACUCCCACGCUGCGGGCGCCCAUGUUCAUCCUGAUCGGCUCACUGGCAGUGGCGGACCUCCUGGCUGGUCUCGGCCUCAUCUUGAACUUUGUCUUCACCUACUUGGUAGACGGCUCGCUGGAGCUGGUGACUCUUCUGUCAGUGGGACUGCUCAUCUCGGCGUUCUCCGCAUCCGUUCUCAACAUCCUGGCCAUCACGGUGGACCGCUACCUGUCGCUGUACAACGCGCUGACCUACCACACGGAGCGGACGGUCACCUUCACCUAUGUGAUGGUCAUCUUCAUCUGGCUCUCAUGUGUCACGCUGGGCCUGCUGCCGGUGCUCGGUUGGAACUGCCUGCGGGACGAGUCCAUGUGCAGCAUCUGCCGGCCGGUCACCAAAAACAACGCUGUGGCCCUUGCUGUCACCUUCCUGCUGGUUUUUGCCCUCAUGAUGCAGCUGUACCUGCAGAUCUGUAAGAUCGCCUUUCGCCAUGCACAGCAGAUCGCCGUGCAGCACCAGUUCGUGGCCAUCUCCACCACCAAGGGCGUCUCCACGCUGUCGGCCAUCCUGUGUGCCUUCGGGGUGUGCUGGCUCCCGUUUGCCAUGUACUCCAUUGUGGCCGACUCCAGCUACCCCGCCAUAUACACCUAUGCCACCGUGCUGCCGGCCACCUGCUGCUCCGUCAUCAACCCCAUCAUCUAUGCGUUCCGAAACCCGGACAUCCAGAAGUCGCUGUGGAUGGCAUGUUGCGGUUGCGUUCCAUCCAAUCUUUCGCUCAGACCACGCGCCUCCAGUGACGUGUAGCACAGACCGUCCGCAUUCUUCGAGGCUUUUGGCAGAGCAGGGGGACGAGGAGUGUGGCAGCUCCUCUCGUCAGGAAGAGGUCAGCAGUAAGACGACGAGGACAACCUCCAGCGUUGACCCCACUGCAAAUACCUGAUGAAGCAUCGGGACCUCCUUGAGGCCUACCUCUCAGGAGUAGCAUCUUUGUGAAGGUUUGGAGGGAAGUGUCCUGACCUUGCUGGGAAAGCACUGCAUGCUUAUGCAAUUAGAAGGUCACGGAAUGCUCGUUUGCUUUGGAAUUCAAGUGGAGCUAACUUCUACCAAGGAAUGACCUUGGGUAUCUUUUAUGAGCUAAUUUGUUUUCUCCUGAUGGGGAAAACAAGAACAACGGUGUCCUUUAAUCUGAUGCAGAUGAGCUAAUGAGUUAGGGGGCGGGAAUAAUCAACUGGGAGGAUAGAUUAGAUUCAGGAUUGACAUCUUAUUUUCAAGCACAUUAGGACUUUACCAGAAAAAACAACAACAGCACAAUCAGCAUUUUCCCAAAGGCAGGAAGAUGGAAAGCAUCCGUCCUAAACUCAUAGGCAAGCCCCCCUCCCUUCCUUAAAAAGACACCCAGCGAGGGUGCACGUUGGGUGUUAUAAAACAGUGUGAGGGAAGCGUGUUUGGCUGCGCCGUGACUGCGAAAGCAGCAUUCAGCACCAAAGACAGCACCACUGCAGCGAGCCGCUAUGGAGGGAAUGCUUCUCUGCUGCGGGGGCGGGGACUGCUCAUGGGGUGGAGGGGGGGUCUAGGGAGAGCUGGAAAGUAGGCUAGGCUGUUCUCCUUUAGCACCUCCAUGACGGCAUGACGAUACAGCCUUUAGGAAGAGGAAAGAUUCCGCCAUUGAUUUCUUCCACCCAUGAUGAGGAUCAAAGAUGUUUCCACAGCGUGUUGAUGAGGUGUCUCCCGAUUACAUGACGGGAACAGGCGAGGUUUUAUGAUGCACAAAUACUUUUCAUUUAAAGACAGCAUUCCGACAUUAGCUUGUGCUGGGAUGAGUCCUUUCUCAUGCAGCCAUUCACAGCAUAGGACAGGAUAUCAACAUGAUCAUGUUUUAAUGCAUAAAAAUACAAAUUACCACCGAACAGUUACAGUUUUUUUUGCAGAGAAAAGACACAUAUUAAGCAUUAUUGUUAUUCACGAUUGUUGUCUGUGAAGAAAGGAAGGAAAUACAACUGGCAGCAAGGUCAUCGUGCAGGUUAGAACCAUCUCAAGCUAAUAAUAAUGUCUUUAUGAUAUAUAAUAACAAUAACGCAAGGACGUGAUGACAAUGGCUUUGGGAAAAUGAUUGGUGACUUACUUUACGAAGAACAAUAUAAAUAACACAGGCUGUUUGACAGGGAAUUAUUUUAACGCUUUUUACCAAAUAACAGUCAGGAUCCUGGCACACAUGUCAUCCUACAGUUGUCAAGUAAGAGCCACUUUGUUGAAUCUCUGCUGUCUUGUUUGUGACCUCACUAGAACAAAAAUAAUGCUUAUUUGCAAUAAUAUAAGAAAUCUAACACAAGCGUAUUUGAUACUCAGCAGGACAAUCUUACUUUAGCAGUCACAAAUAUAGGAAAAAAAAAUAUUAGUUGAACAUGCUGUCACUGUGACUCAAAUCCUUAAGUGGGUUUGUGUCAUUCUCUCUCUUUUGGCUCACUGCAAAACCAUCAGAAGACAUUUGUGCAUUAGUCACACGGUGAAAUAGACUAGUGUUAUUUUUUUAUAUUAAACUUGUUUCUAUUCAAUCCAGAGAAGCCAACAGGGGGAGAAUCACGAUGAGUACCAGUGAUCAGAUGUUAAGCUUAGCCAUCUGCAGUCGGACAUGUUAGAUGGGACGCACAAUGGAAAAUAUGAUUAAAUUAUACCUACCAGGGCUCCAGACUAACUUUUUUUUUACUCAGAGCACAGUAGCCCCUAACACUGAAAUCGACCUGGAAAGUAAACAUUCAUAUUUCCUCUCAUGUUCACUGUAUUACUGAUAAAUACUAUUCACUCCAAUACCAGAGUUAAUGUUGGUUGGCAAACUACCUCAUUUGUGUGUUACUGUCAACUACUGGGCUAACUGUUAACUGUUCAGUGAUACAUAUUUUUUGUUAAAAGUAACACAAUUAAGAGAAUAAAAUAAUGAUUUCUCAAAGAAAUCUGUCCUGUUACAGUAUAAACUGUAUGUGUCAGGUGUCUGACAGCGCAGGUGUAGCCAACUUCUGUUAAAGCUACUUCGACAAAAACAAAUUAGAGAUGAGCUAUUUGUCUGACAAUUUAUGUGACUGCCAACAUUUCAAUUGUACUUUAUUUACAAAGCACAUCUCCACUCAAACAGCAUGAUCAUCGUCUUGAUGCUGUUUUGUGGUGAUUAAAUACAGGCAUAAUGUUUGAAUUGAAGACUUAUUAGAAUACUAAGAGUUGAAGCAAAUAUUCUUGGGUGAGCUGCUCAAAAUCAGAACAGAGAAAUCAAGGUUGUUCAGUGACACUUUGAAAAAGUACUCCAUGAAAGUGACAGCCACUUGUCGAUUCCCUGUGAGACAAAAACGAGGUCUGAACGAACCACAAAGUCACAUUUAGAGUCCAUGGACCAAAAGCUAGAGAAAAUAACGCUAGCUAGCCAGCUGCCGCCAGCAAGACAGAAGAAUGUGAGAGACAGGCAAAAUGUGUAAACAAAAAUGGUAUAAAGGUCGAUUGAAUGUGAUUGAAACAUGAGCGAUCGCAUACGUCGGCAUUGAUAAGCUUAGACCGUGACAAGUAGUUGUCAAUUAACGCCAAAUUUUACUAUUUUUCAUUCUCAUGGUAAUAAGGGAAUGAUGUACAAUAAUGCACACAUGUGCGAGUAGAGGAAAAAAAAUAUUGUCUCGUGUUUUAUGUCUUAAAAUACAACCAUUUAGUUGCAGUCUAGAGCCCUGUGUACGAAGUAUGUUUGUGUCCAUUCAUUUAAUGACCAAGCUAACUCGCCUUCCUAAACUAAACAAAAUGGAUACAUAUAAACUUCACUUAAACAGGAAGCUAAUUAGCAGGCUAACUGUUCCAAUUGAAAUACAUGUACAAAGCUGGUUAACAGUGAGCUCCAAUGGAACAGCAAGCUAAUGUUCAAUGAACUACACUUACACAGGAAGCACAGUCAAGCACUAGCUUUUCUAAUUGAAAUCACCUAUGCUUGAGGCUAGCUUGCUAAGUGCUCGUUAAGUGCUCUCAGUGAACUACACUUACACAGGAAGCUAACUAGCCUUCUUACUGUUGUCAAUGAAGUAAAAACUCACACAGGACUAAUUUGCUGCCUUAUUAUGUCCACUGUUUAGGUUAGCUUGGUGGCUGACAGGAGUGUGACAAAGAACACAACAAAUUUGGCGACAUCUGAGAGACAAUUUAAUCAAAUUUAACGCAUUGUCACCGGACGUCCCAUCUGGCAUGACUGAUUUUUUUUUUUUUUUUUUAUUCCGAUUAAUAAUUCUCAUCUGUGAAUAUGACACAAAGCAUUCCUGUGGUAGGAGUGGAGCGACCACUCACUGUGUGUGUGUGUGUGUGUGUGAUCACAGCCAAUUGUAAUGAACCAUACUGCAGCCAACUCUCACUGUAAACACACACAUUGAGAAGGGGUGGUAGAUGCUAUACAGGAUAAUUUGUUGUUUUUUUAAAUAUAAAUAAGUGAGUGUGUUAUUUUUCUUAUGCAAAGCUGUACAGAAAUGUCUAUUUUUGUAACGUUUCAUCAGGGCAUGAGUCAUUCAUGUAUCUAUUUCUCUUCUUCACUGUUCUUCCUCUUGUUUUUAUGUUUCUUUCUUUUGGGAAAAAUUAUGCUGAGAAAGUGCCAUAUUUUCCAACUCUCUAGUGUCUUACUUUGAUUUGCUUAUGUAGGCCGCUGUGAACAGACAGAAGCAAUGGAGCACAGAGCAGACGAGCGCUUGACCUUGCUGGUAUUGAUCGCUCGGCUGAGCAAAGGAGCCAAAAUAGACGGUGAUCAAUUCUCAGCUAGACAUGUGAUAGCUGUUUUUUUUUGAGGGGGGGGGGGGGUGUAAACAUACACAAAACGUCAGCAGUCUUGUGCGUCACGGCGUCAGAUUCCGGCCAUCUCUGUCUGAGAGAGAGCAAGAAGGAGGGAGAGGGUCGUUUCAAAGACGUCCACUUUCAUCCUCCAUCAUUCCGUACAUCUCAUUCCAACCUUCUCUUGGCCUGGAAGGCAAGUCGGUCAGGCUAAAAAUAGUUAGCCUGAAAGCAGACCAAAAGGAGGGCAUUUUGCUUCACAUUUCUUCCUCGUUGACUACCUGUUUUGUCCUUUUAUGGGUCUCCCACUUUUGUUUUGAGCAUUUACACGUGGGUUUCCAAAUAGAGAGUCAGGGGGCACCGGCAGGGACGUUUGAGAUGUAUCAAUCAAGAACAAACCAUGACAGAGCUAAUAUGUGGACCAAGUAUGGCCUUCAUUGAGAAAUGUUGUUUUAUACAUCCAUCUCGUUAUGUCUGCGAUUGUAUGUGUGUGUGAGGAUACUGACUGAUUUCCUCUAUUGUGAUGAUGUUGUGGUACAAAAAAAAAAGAAAAUGCACUUUAUGAGAGAGAGUUAUGCUACACCUUGCACUUGUAAAUGUUGAAUGUAAAACCUUAAAGAGAUUUAUUUUUAUUAUUGUACAUAACCAGGACAAAAGAACAUUUGGAACAGAAAAAAAAAACACUAAAGGGAAAUAAAAUGCGUCAAGUCAGGACGGUGAGUGUGUCUUAUUUGUGGAGUCACUCUUAGUUAUACACUUGUCAUUCGUAAUUGAUGCCAUAUAUCACAUACAUGUAACAUGUAACAUUAAGUGGGCCAAGAGGACACAAACAUUAGCAACACAUACGUGAAAUUAAGCCUGUUUUUGGUGUGGGCGUAUGCAUGGGGUGGGUUCCACCAUCCCCUUCAUGAUGUCACAAAAAGCUGCAACUUCAAGUGCCUCUUCUCUCAAAAGUGAAGCAAAUAAGUAAGGGAGAUGAUUUUUCUCAUGCUUUCUCAUGCAUCACAGGUUCAUAUUACACAUAUGUAUUAUUUCAUUAAGCAGUACGCCAAAGGUGCAUGAGGUGUGUUAUCAAAUCGGUCAACAUAGGCGCAGGGGUCAAGCUUCAGGUGUUGACACACACACACACAAGAAGAG